GGCUGUGCCCAUCCAUCCCUCAGGAUCCCGCUAAAUCCGACACGUCCCUCCUGGCAUUGCUCAGGCCCCCUGUCCCCUCAGCGACUUGGACACCUCAUCCCCUCAGGUCCUGUUAAAUCCGCAGGACCUGGCUGGUUCUCCCUGUCCCCUCAGGCACCAUUAAUCCACCCUGACCCAUCCCCUAAGGAUCCCGCCGAAUCCCCCCCACCCGCCCUCUGAGGGUCCCGCUAAAUCCUUUUAUUCCCUCAGUGCUCUCAGGGUUCUCCCAUUCCCUCAGCACCCAGCCGGGUGAUCCCAGCCCUUCUGGAUCCCACUAAGUCCUCACAUCCCCUCAAUGUCUGCCUGGGUACCCUGUCCCCUCUGAUCCCAUAAAUCCUCUCAUCCCCUUCAGUGCCUGGUUGUGUUCCCCCAUCCCCUCAGAUCCCACUAAAUUCCCCCUUCCCCAUAGCACCCGAUUGGGUCCCCCAUCUCCUCAGAUUCCAUUAAAUCCCUAAUCCCUCUUGGUGCCCCAGGACCUAUCUCCUGUUGCAACGGGAAGAGCUCAGGGAAUUUUGUCAGGGCUGCCUUGAGACCUUUGGCCAGGCACCAUGUUCUACGUCCAUUUGCUCAUCAACAAGCGGGGGCCUCUGGCCAAAAUCUGGCUGGCUGCCCACUGGGAGAAGAAGCUCACCAAGGCACAUAUCUUUGAGUGCAAUUUAGAGGCCACCAUACAACAAAUCGUCUCCCCAAAGUUUUCUAUAGCUCUGCGAACCUCUGGACACUUACUCCUGGGGGUGGUGCGGAUUUACAAUAGGAAAGCAAAGUACCUCUUGGGAGACUGCAGUGAAGCUCUGACCAAGAUGAAGACAGCCUUUCGUCCAGGGCUUCUUGACCUUCCAGAAGAGAACUUUGAGGCUGCUUAUCAGUCCAUUACAUUACCUGAAGAAUUUCAUGAUUUUGAAGCACAACUACCAGAUGUAAAAGCUAUUGAUGUUGCUGAACAUUUUACCUUGAAUCAGAGCAGAGCUGAAGAAAUCACACUUACAGAGGAUUAUGAAAGCAGUAUACUUCUCUGUGAUAGAAACUUUGAUGAAGAAGCAGAAGCGCUGAGGAGACAGAGCCUCUUUGACGGCAGUGCCCUGACGAGCAGUAACAGUCUGGUGGCCGAUCCCAACUCAGCCAGCACCAGCCGAGACAAAUCUGUGCUGCACGAAGAUGUUCUGCACGAAGAUGUUUACUCCUUCCAGGAUGACCAUUUUGGGGAUGAGGAGGAUGCUGCAGAUAUGAUUGAAAUCCUGCUGAGGGAUGAGCAAAAUGUCCUAGAUAAAGACAUUCUUGAUGUGGAGGAAGCACAUCCUUUGUCACAAGAUCUGCCAGAGAACAGCACAGCCAUUGAGUCCAACUGUGCAGACACCACUGUUAAGGAUGUAAAUCACACAAUGAAUGAGACAAUGCUUUUGCUCCAGGAAGAAGGAUUUGUUCUUGAGCCAGUUGAUGAUACAGCUGUCACCCAGAGGAACAAAAAACAAAAAAAGAGGAAGCUGCUGGUGGAUGUAGAGAAGGAGCUCAGCUGCCACACCAUUUACAAGCAGAUCACCAACUACACAGACCUCCUGGGCACACUGGACCUCGCUCCCCCAACCAAGAAAAUGAUGAUGUGGAAGGAGUGGGGAGCUGUGGAUAAACUCCUGUCCCAUUCUUCACAGCCUAUGCUUCAUGCUCAGCUGCAAAAGAUGUUUGAAAAAUGCUUAAAGACUGACAAAUGUAAGAUGAGAGCAAAUGGAAUACACAGGAUGUCUGAAAUGAAAGAAAUGGGAAAAGAGCAAGAUAUUACAGAGAUGCUGCCAAUAGAAGAGCCAAGUUACCUGCAGGAGCCAGCUCAUUCCGAGACUGGGAGCAAAAUUAGAAAUGAUUCCUUUAUGUUGACAUCACAGAAUGACAGAAAUGAAACCAAUGAGAACUGUGGUGAAAUUAUAGAGGAUGGAGCAGCUUUCUCCGAGAGCUCAAAAAAUUCCCUGGGCCAGGAAGCUGAAACACAGCAGGUGGAAGUGCCAGAGGAGCAAACACCAACCAGGAAAGACAAUCAAGAAAUAAGAUGGGGCAAAAGAACUCUUUGGUUACAAAAAACUUUACAGCAACUGAAGACAUCAGGCGUGUGUUCCUUCAGUUUUCGGGAGCUCUGCCGGAGAAACAACCGCAAAGAAGCUGCAGCCACAUUUUACAUCUUCCUGGUGCUGAGGAAGCAGCAGGUCCUCAAGCUGCAGCAGCUCGAGCCCUUUGCUGACCUCACAGCCACUGCUGGGCCCAUGUUUGACAAGAUCAGAUAAACUGAUCAAAAUACAGUUUAGGUUGCACUUUCCAGCAAAUAGUUUUCCUGGAAAAAGGAUGGAAUGUCUUGUCAAGUUGUGGGAGAUGAGCAGAGCUUCCUGUCCUCUACACCACGCAGUAAUGGCUUGUGCAGGGGUCCUGCCCCAGGUGAUCACUGCAGGGCUUAUUAUUAAUAUUUAUAGUUAUAUGAUUACUUAUAUGAUAGUUAUACAAUAUGUUAAUAAAAUACCA